AGAAAAAAGAAUAAUAGCUUUCACUUUUACAGACCAAACUUGAAGACAAAAGACAAAUAUGGUUUUAUUUUUAUUUUUCUCUUUCUUCAGAGCUUUCAACCCCAUUAAUGGAGGGAACUCAACUUUACAAAAUUUCUCUCAAUGCAAAAUAAAGCUGUAAAAAUUGAAAGCAACAACAAAUAAAUUUUAGGUUGAAAACUUUCUGGCGCCAUUUGUUUUCACCUACCAAUCUUUCAAAAAAAUCAAAUCUUUUUCGUCUCUUUUGUUUGUUUGCUAAAUUUCUAGAACAUAGCUCAUUAAAAGGAGAUUUAUGGAGGUUGAAGACAGGGAGAGCACGGAUUCCGGCUCGCUGAGCGGCAAUCCGGACUCCGAUUCGCCGCCGCUCAGUGGUGGCGAUUAUGUUUCUCACGGCGGCGUUGGUGGCGGAGCCGGCGGUGGCGGUGGAAUGGUGCCGGAGGUGGCGAGCAUGGGUAUAGGUAUGGGUUUGGAGAAGAGCGCGGCGGCGGUGGGGGUGGGUGGCGGAGGCGUUGGAGGUGGCGGACUGGUGAUUGAUGGUGGUGGCGCCGCCGUGUUGGGUGGCGGAGGAGGACUAGGAGUGCGUGGUGGUGGUAAUGGUGAUUUGACGAUGGCGAAGAAGAAGAGAGGGAGGCCGAGGAAGUAUGACGCCGACGGCAACUUAAAUCCCGCGUAUAUUAGAUCGCCGACGGCGAUGCAGGCCGCCGCCGGCUUCACUCUGUCAACGCCGCGGUCGUAUGAGAACUCCUCCGGCUCCAAAAGAGGCCGCGGUAAACAUUCGGCCACCGGAAAUUGGCAAAUUCUUGCGUCUUUGGGUGAAUUGUUUGCAAACACUGCAGGAGGGGAUUUUACGCCGCAUGUUGUGACUGUACAUACAGGAGAGGAUGUUGCUGGGAAGAUACUCACCUUUGCUCAGAAGGGUCAUAGAGGGAUCUGUGUUCUUUCUGCCAAUGGAUCUGUCUCCAAUGUUACGCUUCGCCAGCCCAGUACGUCUGGCGGUCUACUCACAUGCGAGGGGCGUUUUGAGAUCUUAACUCUAACGGGGUCAUACACGGUCUCUGACAACGGUGGUAUAAAAAGCCGAUCUGGUGGAUUAAGCGUUUCGCUAGCUAGCCCUGAUGGUCGCGUAAUAGGUGGUGGCGUUGCAGGUUUGCUCAUGGCAGCUAGUCCGAUCCAGAUUGUAGUCGGAAGCUUCGUGCCAAACGGUUUCAAGAUGCAGAAGCGAAAGCAGCAGAGCGAGCCAAGAAUGGCCCCUGCAGCCCACUGCCCUCCGGCCACUGUGACUGCAGCAACACCAAUAUCACAGGCGCCACCAGAGACGAACAUCUAUCCCAACCAGGCAUCACACUACCAGGGGGAGGCCGAUAACAGCUUAAGCAAUAAAGACCAGCCAAAUUCCGCGUCUACUGACAACACUGCUGAUUGGAACGGCUCCGAUCACAGGCCGUAUCCUGACAUUAACAUUUCUGUAUCUGCAGAGGAGCACUGAUCGGAUCGAAGCUAGUGACUUUUUUUUUUAGUUGGUGUUUUGGAUUAACUGUUGUCGGAAAGGAACUGCUCCGGUUAGCUCUAGCCUCAUAUAUUUUUAGUCAUGCUCGUCUAGAAAUUACAGACGUUUUUCUCUUUUUACUUUUUUGUUGAUGACUCUGUUUUCUCUUUGAUAUUUAUGUCUACUUGAUUAUUCUUCCUUGCUGAAAUGAUCAACUAUCUCACCAUUUUGCUCU